GCUUGCUGGGCGGAGUGUGCGGCGGGAGGCUUCGAGGCCAGGCGCGGGCCCGGAGGCAGCGGCUGCGCCCUGCGCCGGGGCGGAGCCGGGGGCGGGCGGCAGGCGGGGGCUGCGGCCUGAGGCCGGGAGUGCUUGAGCGCCGGCGGCGACGACGGCAGCGGUAGCCCAGUAGGCCCGGUGCGUGGGUCCGCGGCGGCUCGGGGUCCGCCCGCUGCCUGUGGUGCGAGCGGGCGGCCCGGCUCCUCUCCCCCCCCGUCCGCCGCGGCCGCUGUGAUUGGGUGGAAGAUGGCGCUGGGCGGAUGGAAAUCCUAAUGACAGUCUCCAAAUUCGCCUCCAUCUGUACCAUGGGCGCCAAUGCUUCGGCAUUAGAGAAAGAGAUUGGUCCAGAACAGUUUCCAGUCAAUGAGCACUAUUUUGGAUUAGUCAAUUUUGGGAAUACCUGCUACUGCAAUUCAGUUCUUCAAGCACUUUAUUUUUGUCGUCCAUUUCGGGAAAAAGUUCUAGCCUACAAGAGUCAACCUAGGAAGAAGGAGAACCUUCUUACAUGCUUAGCAGAUCUCUUCCAUAGCAUAGCCACUCAGAAGAAAAAGGUUGGAGUAAUACCUCCUAAGAAGUUCAUAACAAGGUUACGGAAAGAAAAUGAACUUUUUGACAACUACAUGCAACAAGAUGCUCAUGAAUUCUUAAAUUACCUACUAAAUACAAUUGCUGAUAUUUUACAAGAAGAGAGAAAGCAAGAAAAACAAAAUGGUCGCUUACCUAAUGGCAAUAUUGAUAGUGAAAAUAACAACAGCACACCAGACCCAACGUGGGUUCAUGAGAUUUUUCAGGGAACAUUAACUAAUGAAACCAGAUGUCUUACUUGUGAAACUAUAAGCAGCAAAGAUGAAGAUUUUUUAGACCUUUCUGUUGACGUGGAACAAAACACAUCAAUUACUCACUGUUUAAGGGGUUUUAGCAACACAGAAACUCUAUGCAGUGAAUACAAAUAUUACUGUGAAGAGUGUCGCAGCAAACAGGAAGCACACAAACGGAUGAAAGUUAAAAAGCUGCCCAUGAUUCUAGCUCUACACCUGAAGAGAUUUAAAUAUAUGGAUCAGCUUCAUCGAUAUACAAAACUUUCUUACCGGGUAGUUUUUCCUUUAGAACUUCGUCUAUUUAACACUUCAGGCGACGCAACCAAUCCAGACAGAAUGUACGACCUUGUUGCUGUUGUGGUUCAUUGUGGAAGUGGUCCCAACCGAGGCCAUUAUAUUGCAAUAGUUAAGAGUCAUGAUUUUUGGUUGUUGUUUGAUGACGACAUUGUAGAAAAAAUAGAUGCACAAGCUAUUGAAGAAUUCUACGGGUUGACAUCAGAUAUCUCAAAGAACUCUGAGUCUGGUUACAUCCUUUUCUAUCAGUCUCGGGAUUGAGGGGGAAUCAUGGUGAAGAAAUAAUUUCUGCCUCAUUUCUUCUCUGGUUAUUUUGGAAAGGAUCAAGCACUGUUUUUGCAAGAAAAGAGAAAUGCAAGAAGCUCAGGGGGCAGUAGCACACUUUGCACAUGAUAAAGCAAAGACGAUGGAUUGACCAGCCCUUCUGAUCAUGAUAGUUGAUUUAUUCCUCAGGUAUCAUGCUGUCUGUGCAGUUCCAUACAAGGAAGUGAAAUCAGAGAUACCAGCUCCUCUUAUGAAACAGCCUUCCAAUUACUGACAUGCAUUUUCUCUUUUUUAAAUGCACCAAUAAUGAUUUGAAUUCCUUGGGGGUGCAGUAGAAGGAAUCGGAAUCUGUGCUAGCUUGUAUUGAUCAUUUAAGGAGACGAUGUUGAACAAACUGCAUAAAUUUGUGUUCAGUACGUAGAAAAGCAUAUUGAGUGGUCUUUUCAAGAGUAAACCAGAAAUACUUUUGGGCCCAACACUUGCAGUUGCCUUCCUGAUGUAAAAAACUAACAGAUGCUAGAUAAUCCAGUGUCAGGAAGACAAAUAUGUUUUGCUUCUCUGAAGAAGCUUAUAAUAAUAUACAGUAUAUGUAUAUGUCGGGAACAAUUGGUCAAAAGUGGCUUUUUGUUUCCCCAAGGGGAAAGACUGGCUUUGUAAUUAUAACUUUUUCCUUAUUUAUUUUACUUAAAACUGGUAGAGUCUAAGUAUUGUAUGAAGUGCCCAUGAUUCUGUCAGUAAAUUGGAGCAUAUUUUUAUUAGUUUUUGUCAGUUUGAUUAGUCCUUUUGUUUGUUUCUAUCUUUAAGGUGAAUUUUAAAUUCUAUCUAAAAUCAGUAAGAUACCUUGAAAAAAAAUGCAAUGAGUGGAGGUGAAUAUUCUUUUUCAGGAGGAACUGUUAUCUCUGGCUAAAUACUUGUCCUUUUACUAUAGUUUAUAAGUUAGUUAUUGUAUUCAGCUUUAAUUUCAGUAAAAUAAAAAAACUAUCAAAAAUUCCCUGUAGUAGUUGGAAUAAUAAAGAAAUUCUGGUGCAGUGGUGAUAUACCAAUCUUUAGAACUUUUAAGUAUUCAAAUUUUUAAGCUGAGGCCGUACUUGGAAAAUACAUGUCAUAGCAGUUAUGUUAUUUUCAAAUGUCAUUUUUUUACCCUGAAAAGAAAUAAUAUGUUCAUUAUAAUCCUAGCAACCUUGAUAGCAAGCUAAACACCCCUUUGAAGAUUAAAUUUUAAUGGUGUAAACCAGUAAUACAAAAAAGACGUCUUUUCCCUCUACCUUUACAAAUCUUACUGGAAGAGUGUUUAGAAAUUAAAAUUUGUGUUUAAGACUUCAUUCUUUGGGGGGUCUUAAGAAGUAAUAUAUGUAAUGUAAAAUGUGUGUAAACCACUGCAAUUGACAUUUUUCCAUGUACCAAUAAGUUGUCUGACAGUGACCGAAUGUAACUCGCAGAAGAUAAUUGAAAUUAUAUUCAAAAUAAUAGUAAUCAGGCCUUUGAUGUUCUCUAUCAAGCUCUUUUUUAGGCAGUAAUUUUUAAAAAUAUUGUGUUAUUUUGCUAAAACUGUUGACUAUAGAAAACAAACAAAAAAAGAAUGUUUUUUUGUCUGCUGCUAUUAUUAACAAUUUUAUCUGUAUCUUUUAGCUCAGGAAAUGACUUCACCUAUUCAUUUCAUAAACAGAUUUUAACAGAGUCAUUUGGCUAAUUCGGCUGCUUAAACAGAUGUGCUGGAGAAAACUAUGAUAUUUAGUCUUCGUACUAAAUAUCAAAAUUAUUUUGACAAAUUGCUUUUUCAGAUUCAGUUUCCGAAGCCUUAUCCUGGCUGGAGUUGUUUUCUACAAAUUAUACAUAGCCUGCCUGAUCUGCCAACACUGUACAGAGAAUCCCAAAGGAAGAAUGUGGGCAAAGUCAGAGCAGAAGUGGAUGGACACUUUUUUAUUUUGAAGGCUUAAACCAAAUUAUCUUGGAAUUUAGAGCUGUAUUUUUUUCAGCUUUCAGUACAGAGAAAAAGUAAAGUGAAGCUGAGUCAGUUUUAACAUCAACUAGAUCACACAGCAUGUUUAAGAAAGAUAGAUGAAGUCAUUUGCACAAAGGUACAGCAUUGAAAUACUAUGUUGUGUUUUUUAUAUUUUUGCAUUUAAAAAACCAUGCAGUAAAAGCCAAGUUAAGUUUCACAUUAAAACAAAUUUUAGCAUUUAUAUUGAGUUCCAUGGUAGGUGCACACUUUGUUCACAUCGACACCGAGUUUCAUAGUAUGAUUUGUCAGGGAGGGAUUGGGGGUGAUGGUUUUAAAUUUACUUUUUACUGUUAGUGCAGCUGGAUCUAAGUAAAAUGUUUUGAAGCUUAUCAGAAACUCAAUAUACUUUUAAAACAUACAGGAUCAGGGCUGGGGAAAAAAAUACAGGUAUAGUAAGUAAGAAAAGUUAUCCAUAAAGAAAGCAUUAUGAGGUUGAGUGCUGGUUGACUGUGAUUAAAAAGAGGGCAGGUGGAAGUUGUAAAUGGUGGCUGAUUGCUAUGUAACUAUGUAUAUGCUUGUUGGGAUAACUGUCCCAUAUUUUGUAUAUUGGAGUAAAAAUUUCUAUAAAUUAUCGUAACUAAAAGUAAAUAUUCUAAAUUAAGUCCCGCUUCUAAGUCACAUGGCUUCUGUCUUGGAAACUUUACCUUUAGAAGAUUAUUUAAGACAGGAACCAGGAGGCUUUGGGAAAAGGGAAAGAAGGAAAUGUAUUCUAUAUGGGUCUUAUGGCCUCCACCCGUCAGUGUGGGGUUAUUUCUUUCCUUGAUGGCUGUAGAAAGACCUCAUCUUCAUAACAUACUACUCUUGAUACUUUCUUUAAAGAUACUUUUUAUUAAAGAUUCUCUCAUGAGGUAUUUGAGAGCUGGGAGGCUAAAGCGCUCAGGUCCUGGCUCUUCAGUGAAUUUUAACUGUGUGACCUUGGGCAAGUCACUUAACCUCUCUGUGCUUCAGUCUCCCUGUCUUGUAAAAUGGGAGUAAUACCUACCUCACAGGGUUGUUGUGGGGAUUAAUUAGAGAUAAUGUCUGUAAAGCAUUUAAGGUUCUUGAAGAAGGCGCUAUAUAAAUACAAAAUAAUAUCUAUUAAAGUUGGUUUAUUUGUG